GUGUUUUUAAAUUUUAAAUUUUGUAAGUAGAUCUCCCUGGUAUAUAUUUAUUUAUUUCAAUUUCUAUUCGAAAAUUCAAAAGGAGAUUUGAGUGACGGCAUGCUCACUGGAAUCUGAGAGAGAAGAGAAGAGAAGAGAUUACUACUGUUUCGUUCGAUUUUUUACUUUAAAUAAAAGAAAAAUAAAAGAAAAAAAAAUCUUUAUCUUCCGCUUGAGAGAGUAGAGAGUAGAGAGUAGGCAGUAGUUUGGUAGAUGAUCGUUUCCUCAACAUAAUAGUAGUAAGCAAGCCCUAGAAUUGGAGGAGGAGGCCGUUAAUUUGAUGGGAUUUGGGACCUGAAAUCCAGCGCCACCACCAGCAUACCAGACGUAGGAUUUUGCUUUUGAUACAAAAGAGAAACAAAAAAGCAAAAGAUAUGAAGGGAGGGCGGAGAAUAGCAGUGAGCCCAAGGCCUUGCAGCGGACGAAGAAUAGUCGCAUCCAAGAAAAGAGGGAGAGCGGAUGGAUUCGUUAACAGUGUCAAGAAGCUUCAGCGAAGAGAAAUCUGCUCCAAGCGACACCGUGCUUUCUCCAUCACCGACGCCCAGGAGCGCUUCCGCAACAUCCGCUUGCAGGAGGAAUAUGAUACACAUGAUCCAAAAGGACAUUGUUCGAUGGUAUUACCAUUUCUGAGGAAGAGGUCAAAGAUUAUAGAGAUUGUAGCUGCACGAGACAUUGUCUUUGCUCUUGCCCAGUCUGGUGUAUGUGCAGCAUUUAGCCGAGAGACUAAUCAAAGAAUAUGCUUUUUAAAUGUCACUGCUGAUGAAGUUAUACGAAGUUUGUUUUAUAAUAAAAACAAUGACUCACUUAUCACAGUCUCAGUUUACGCUUCAGACAAUUUCAGCUCCUUGAAAUGCAGGAGCACGAGGAUUGAAUACAUACGGAGAGGUCAACCUGAUGCUGGUUUUGCUCUUUUUGAAUCCGAGUCACUGAAGUGGCCUGGAUUUGUAGAGUUUGAUGAUGUAAAUGGGAAGGUACUCACAUAUUCUGCACAGGAUAGUAUAUACAAGGUGUUUGACCUCAAAAAUUAUACGAUGUUAUACUCCAUAUCUGAUAAAAAUGUUCACGAGAUCAAGAUCAGUCCAGGGAUCAUGUUAUUGAUUUUCACUAAAGUUGGUGGCCAUGUUCCUCUUAAGAUUCUCUCAAUAGAGGAUGGAACUGUUCUCAAAUCUUUUAGCCAUCUUCUUCACCGGAAUAAGAAGGUGGAUUUUAUCGAACAGUUCAAUGAAAAGCUUCUUGUGAAGCAGGAAAAUGAAAAUCUCCAGAUUCUUGAUGUACGCAAUUCUGAGCUAACGGAAGUUAGCAAAAAUGAAUUUAUGACUCCGUCAGCAUUUAUAUUUCUGUAUGAGAACCAGUUAUUCCUUACAUUUAGAAAUCGGACAGUUGCUGUGUGGAACUUCCGUGGAGAACUUGUAACUUCAUUUGAGGAUCACCUUUUGUGGCAUCCUGACUGCAACACUAAUAAUAUAUACAUCACAAGUGAUCAGGAUCUUAUUAUCUCUUACUGCAAGGCUGAUUCUGAUGAUCCGUUGUCUGAAGGAAAUGGGUCCAUUAAUAUCAGCAAUAUAUUGACUGGGAAAUGUCUUGCUAAAAUAAGAGCUAGCAACAGUUUUCCGGUGGAAAAGCAAUGUAGGUGCAGUGUGAAGUGUGGUUGCAGUUGGAAGAAGCAGAGCAAUGCGUCCAGAGUUAGAAGCACAGUUGCAGAAGCGCUGGAAGAUAUCACUGCUCUUUUUUAUGAUGAAGAGCGCAAUGAGAUUUAUACGGGGAAUAGGCAUGGACUAGUUCAUGUGUGGUCCAACUGAUGGUUUGAUUAUGUAAUUUAAUUGGAGGAUGAGGUGGAUGUAAAUCGGAAUUGUGAGUCUGAAGACACUGUAGCAUUAUUAAGUGAUAUUGUAUCAAUUCAUUUCGUUUCUGUUUUUUGAUGUUUGUUCUGGUCCUGUAUGGGAGUGUUGUUUAAUGUAUGAUUUUAU